AUGGCAAUAGAGGAAUGUGAUGGCUUAUUCAAAGUAAAUUCAUUCAAAUCUGUUCACACACUACACAUACGGAUACAGCAACAAGAAGUCGAUAUGGAUCAGACGAUGAACACGAUAAGCCUUAGUCAGAGAGGAGUUAUCGACAUGCACACCUCGACAUUACUCGCUCUCGUCGCAGUUAUCGUCCAGUGUACAUGGCAAUUGACGGAAUCUGAAACCGUUCGUGUGAUUAGAGCAGAACGCAGUUUUGAAGCCGAAGGGAGCGGAGAAAGUAGCGGUGAAGGCAGUGAAAAACCUGAGGAAGGAUCAGGUGAAGGAUCAGGCGAUGUUGAUGUGGCAACAACCAGUGAAGGAUCAGGCGGCGAAGCGAGUGGAGAGAAUAUCGAGAAUAAUGCCGUGACCGACAAGCCCACUCUACUCGCGUUCUUCUAA